UAGACGAGAAAUAUAUAAAGCUACCGUUUUCUCGAUUCAUUGAACAGUUUCUUCUCGACGAGACUACAAUGUAUAUGAUCUCGUUAUUCUUAAUAUUUUUCUGUGGUUACGCCUUAACUGCAGAAACAAACGAAACAAAACAAAGUAAACGAGGAAUACCAGAAUCUAAUGGAUGGAUUGGAAUACCAAAUCCUUAUGGAUACGGACAUGGGCAACCGUGGCUAGGUGGUCCAAUUUGGAAAGGAUUAAAAUAUCCUCCUUUUGAUUUAGCUCAUGGAGGAUUACAUGGUGGAUUUUCAUAUGGAAAAGCUUUUCCCAUAUCAGUCGGAAGAACCGAAUUGUUAAAGGUUCCAGUAUAUAUAACAAAACAUGUAGUUUUGGAGAAACCAGUUCCUGUUCCAGAGCCAGUUUACAUCGAAAAACCAUAUCAUGUGCCUGUUGAGAAGGUGAUCCCAGUUCCGGUCGAAAAGAUCAUUCAUAAACCAGUACCAGUUCCUAUUCCGAUACCCGAGGCAGUUCCAGUUCCAGUGGAACGUCCUAUCCCGAUACCAGUGAAACACCCUGUUGCAGUUCCAGUACAACAACCGUAUCCAGUUCCGGUAAAACAAGUGUAUCCAAUACCAGUUCCGGUUCCAGUUCCGAUUCCGGUCCAACCACCGCCAAUUCCGUUCCUUGGUGCAGGAGCAUAUGCCGCUCGAUAUGGUUAUGGCGGUGGACACAUUUAUCCCGCGUUGCAUGGUCACUCACUACCCGUACACUUCGGUCAUAGUUUUGGCGCCGGUUUCGGACAUGGUUUCGGACAUGGUUUCGGACAUGGUUUUGGCCACCACGGUUUUAGUCACGAAUACGGUCACGGCCACGGUUACGGCUAUCAACCUCUUCCGUACUCUCACGACUACGGUCAUGGACACGAACAUAAGAAACGAAAUAAAUUGCAUGAAAUAUAUAAAAGUCUAUAAUGGAGAAGUUGAGAAAUACUUUUCGUGUCACCAUCGGCAGGUCAUCGGUUGGACGCGCACCGAGACGUCCUGUCAAUUUUGUGUAAUCAGAAAACAGCUGAUCAAAGUUAUUCGAAUGUGAAUAAUGAAAACUUAGAGAAUUACGAAUUUCGUGGAAUUUCAAAAAUUGAAUGAAGGAUUUCCCUUGUAAAUAUUUUUUUUGUCCGUCUUCUAAUACGUCUUUAAAGAAUUCCACGCAGAUACAAAUCGAUGUUUGCA